UGCGAUAUGGUCUGUGCGUUACAUUCGUGGCGAGCUUACCUGGUCGGGCGUCGUGAUGCUUCACCUGCACUCCCUAGUCCGCCGCCAUGCGCUCCUUCCAUCGAUCCAACUCCGCCGUCUCUUCUUCUCCACCGGCGCUUCGGCCUCCACCUCAGUCGCCGCCGCUUCUACCGAUCCCCACUUCCUUGUCGAGUACCUCGUGAAUACAUGCGGCUUCUCCGCCGACGAUGCUUCCAAGGUCUCCAAGUCGCUCCCCCGUAUUCGGUCCGCCGAGAAGGCUGACGCCGUUCUUGGAUUUCUCAGAUCCCAGGGCCUUGAUGACUCUAAUCUCAGAAAGCUAAUAACUUGGAAACCAACAUUGCUCGGCUGCGAUGUGCAGACGAACCUCGCUCAUAAGUUCAAUUUUUUACGCGACAUGGGGUUCUCUGAGUCCGACGCCGUCAAUGUCGUUAUGCUGCACCCCAUCAUUCUUUCCCUCAACGUCCAGAACACGCUUCUCCCCAGAUUGAAGGUUUGGGAAAGUUUAUUUGGAUCGAGGGAGAUCCUCCUCAGGAAACUCCGGAGCUGUAAUAGGUUUAUGAGCACCAGCAUUGAGAAUGUGGUACGCCCUAACUUGAACUUCUUACGGGAUGAAUGCGGAAUUCCUGAAGACAGGGUUUCCCUUGUCCUUAAAAUGCACCCCGGCUUCAUAGUGCAGAAUCCUGAAUCCCUCCGGGCUUUGGUAGAUAGAGCUGAAGGGAUUGGAGUUUCCCGGAAAUCUAAGAUGUUCCUCAGGAUCCUUGAUGUGCUGCACGGGGUCAGCAAGGAGAAAUUUGAGGCCCAAGUAAAGCUCAUGCACAGCUUUGGUUGGUCGAACUCGGAUUUCAUUGCUGCAUUCAAGAAACGUCCAACCUUUUUAUGGCAUUCCACAGAGCUAUUGCAGAGGAAGAUGGAAUUUUUUAUCAAGGAUGUUGAAAUUAAACCUUCUGAGAUUGCUAACCACCCAAUCAUUUUAGCAUUUAGUUUGGAAAAGAGGUCAAUUCCUCGGUUUCAAUUGAUGAAGAUAUUGAAAUCUGAAGGGUUAUGGACUUCAAAAAUCAAGCUACAAAACUUUUUCUCAUUGCCGAGUUCAAAAUUCUUGCAGAGCUUUGUCCUCCCUUACAAAGAUAAACUCCCCAAACUUCUUGAAGUCUUGCGAGCUGUAGCUGAGUUAAAGGCAUUGCAGAGGAAGAUGGAAUUUUUUUAUCAAGGAUGUUGGGAUUGUGCCUUUAGACAUUGCUCACCACCCGUUGCCUUUAGGAUUAAGUUUGGAAAAGAGGUUGAUUCCUCCGUUUCGUGUGAUGAAGAUAUUGAAAUCAACUACAUAUAUUUUUCUCAUCGUCUGGUCCAAAAUUUUUGCAGAAGUAUGUGUUCCCUUGCAAAGAUAAAUUACCCAAAGGACAUGAAAUCUUGUGAGUUGUAGCUGAGUUUGAGAGGAAUAUCCAACAGUUGAAGGGUUUAUUUGGGUAUGAGUUUCUUUUCUGAAUAAGCAAUGAUAUUGAACCAUUCCUGUUCUAAUUUCAUAUGGUUUGUUUAUUAUUUCCUAGUGCGUCAAUUAUAAAUUUAACUGCUAAUUCAAACAUGAGGGUGCUAGUUUUUUCCAAAUUUCUUUUUUACCUUCUGUUUGACUUGCAAAGCACUUAUUUUAGGAACUGGUCAGAGGAACUCCCUGCAAAAUAGAAGACAUUGUGUGUUUUAAAAUGUACAGUCAAUUCUAUUUCUCCCUUUAAUUAUUGUUGAUGUGCAAUUUUCUUCAUUAUAAAUUAUUUUAAUUCUGAUUUUUUUAAAGUCCACCCAUCUUUUCAUAGCAUA